ACCACUAUUUACCCGAAACGAAUCCAACGACGGUGUGGACAGAACCAACGAUUCUGCUGAGACAUCUGACGUCGAUCCUACAGGUGAAACUACACGCACAGGUGAAGAAAACAACCCAAUCGGAAGCCCAAGCGUCCGUGCUGACAUCGAUCUUCAUAUCACAUGCGAGACAAUUCCUGAUAUUUCUGCUGAGUCAAAUUCACUACAUCACGGAACUGCAAGGCGUGACACCACAGAAACACGAGACAAUCUUAGCCUCGUUUCAGAAUUUUGCAACUUCCAUCAGACACCGAGAAGAACGCUACCUACAUCUAACGAACGAAGUGAGAGAGUUAUCCUCCCACUUAGAAGUUCAGCUACUGACCCAUCAACAGUCGUUCCUGAUAGACAUCCGCAAUUUAAUCUUCUACCUGCGGGAGCUACGCCUGCUGACUCCGCUGGAACCGCUAAUUCCGGAAAUCAACUCGUUGCUGAGGAAAUUGGACAACUUCCCGGGAGCAGUCAACCCGAACAACGUGCAGUUGGCGGAGGAGAUCAAACAAACACUCUCCCAAAUCAAGGUCCGAUUGCAACGGUUUCUACCAUCCCAUACGGCGGAGGACGUACCUCAACAACCCGCGGCCCAACAACCAGCACACCGUCAAGAGGAGAGGACCGUUCGCCGUCCACGACAGGUGCGAUUCGCCGACCACCGCCCUAUUCGCUUCUCCCGUCGUCGAUGCUCGACCCGACGCCCACGCAUACUGAUUACGCCACCCAGGAGCGUCGCAGACGUUACAGCGAAUCUCGAUCAUCUACGAGCAGCAUUUCAACACAAUCUCACAAUUCAAGACAGGAGAGCUUAAGAGCGCAAGAAACAAAUCCUAAGAACAUGGCUCAAUGUCCUUCCCCUAGUAGAGCAGCUACAGCUAGAGAUCUUGAUGAUCUCCAGAAUAAUCAGCAUACCUUUUCCCGUUUGCAAUUACUUCCCUCGUUUUCCGGAAGUCCACUUACGCGUUUCGACUCUUGGCUAGAAUCUUUCGAAGCUAUAGUAGACACAUCAGGAUGGUCAGGAGAGAAAAUUGUCCAAAUGCUUCGUGCUAAAUUAACAGACAGAGCUUUUCGCGUAAUUCAGGCCAUUUUGAAAGAUCUUCCGUAUGAUUAUGAUUCGGUCAAAGAAGCUUUGCUCGAUCAUUUUCACGGCGAUGAAAAUGUUGACUUAUAUCUUAAGAAAUUUAAUAAAGCUAAGCGUAAGCCAGGCGAGAAAAUCGUUGAUUAUGCCCUUCGACUUCAGGAAAUUUUCAAGCGUGCAUAUCCUGUAGCUCACUCUGAGAAGUCUUUUGCAAUCAUUUUAAUGCAGAAAUUUAUUGAAGGCUUAGAUUCCAAACUACAGACGAAAGUUAAGUAUAAGGAUUUUAAGGAUUUUGGCGAACUAGUUACUUCAACACGGACGUAUGCUAGUAGACUAGAAGCGUUAGAAACAGAUCGUGAAAGGCAGGAGUUUAUUCGGUCUAUUGAUGGCACACAUGGGCACGCAGAAUUGACAGAGCUUAAGCCAAAUGAUAGUAGAUCAGAAAGAAAUGAUGAUGAAGGCAGUGGCUAA